AUGUUCACCAACAAGAGCAAUGUUAAUGACAGGCACAGACCACCAUUUGACAGGUCUAGGCCAACUUUCCGAAAUCAUAAGAAAUUCACCGGCCCAUCAAGGUGCCCCCGCCACGAGGGCUAUCUUACUCAGAAUGUCGUUGCGAUUCCGGAACUCCUUAAGGAUGAGGGUAGUUAUAAGACUUUUAUGGCGGGGAAAUGGCAUCUUGGGCUUAAGAGGGAGCUCGGUCCGAGUGCUAGGGGCUUUGAGAGGUCUUUUGCUUUGUUGCCGGGUUGUGCGAAUCAUUAUGGCUACGAACCCCAAUACGAAAACAUUCUCAACGAACCACCCCGGUUCUUCGAAACAGCCGUAAACGCCCUCCACAUGGAAGACGGCGAAUAUCUCACCGACCUACCAAAAGACUUCUACUCAUCCGACCACUACGCAUCAAAACUGCUCGGCUUCCUCUCCGAGCGGGACGAGGAAGAUCGCAAAAAGCCUUUCUUCGCUUAUUUGCCCUUUUCCGCGCCGCACUGGCCGUUGCAGGCUCCGAAGGCUUCGAUGGAUAAGUAUCGCGGUGUGUAUGAUGAUGGGCCCGAGGUGUUGAGACAGAGACGGCUGGCGCGGUUGAAGGAACUUGGGAUGGUGGGGGGAGACGUUGUUCCUCAUGAGGUUGUUACGACUGAUGGGGAAUUGGGGGAGUGGGAGGAUUUGAGUGGUGAGGAGCGGGCGAAGUCUGCGCGGUCUAUGGAGGCUUUUGCGGGCAUGGUGGAUCGGAUGGAUGAGAAUGUUGGACGGGUUUUGGAGUACUUGAAGAGCAGUGGGGAGUAUGAUGAUACUGUUAUUUGUUUUAUGUCGGAUAAUGGGGCUGAAGGGGCGAGUUAUGAGGCGCAACCGUUGGUUGGGGAGAGUGUUGUUGAGCAUAUCAGGAAGUAUUAUGAUAAUUCGUUGGAGAAUAUUGGGAGGGCGAAUUCGUUCGUUUGGUAUGGGAGUCGGUGGGCCCAGGCAGCCACAGCUCCUUCGAGGUUAUAUAAGAUGUUUUCGACGGAGGGGGGUUGUCGGGUUCCGCUUAUUGUGAAGCCGGUCAAGGGGGGGGUUGAAGGAGGGGGCUGGAAACCGUUUUUGGAUGCGAUGGCUGCGGAGGGAUCGGAUACAGCUCGUGAUCUCUCCGGGACGAUGGCGAUUCAUGGGGAGGAGAAGGCAUUUGGGUGGGAAAUUGCUGGCAGCGGUGCACUGAGGCGAGGUCGCUAUAAGAUCACAUAUGUGCCUCUUCCUCGGAGUCCGCAGCGGUGGGAACUGUUCGAUAUAAUCGAUGAUCCGGGUGAAGUCAAAGAUCUGAGUGAGGCGAUGCCCGAAGUGUUCAACGAGAUGCUCAGGCUGUGGGGUGUUUAUGCAGAGGAAGUCGGAGUGGUCGGGUUAGCGGGAGAUUGGAAGAACGAACAUCUGAUUGAAGGGGUCAAGGACGAAUUUGAGGAUACAGGUCGUUGGAUCAGAUUCAUUGGGAAGAAGGAUGUGCCAGCUGAGAUUGCAGACAAAAUUCCUCGUUGA